AUGGAUAAACUACCAAUUGGUAUAAUCAAGUUACUUAUAACAUAUCUUGAUGACAGGUUGGAUGUUGCCAGUUUGGCAUUCGUGUCCAAAGGUCUAUACAGGAUCAAGUCAAUCAGCCAACUCAAUCAUCUCAAUAAUAGUACCUCAACAUCAUUAUCAUCAUCAUCAUCAAUAGCCAUAACAAGGAGUUGUGUUAGUGUUAGAUCACCAUCAGUUUAUACCAGGGAAGAUGGAUCAAUUCCAAAUAUUCCAGUAUUAUCAAGAUAUGGUCAUCAGAAUCAUCCAAUUGCACCAAAUAGUAUACCAUCGACUGUGACAUCAUUACACUUUCAUGAUCACUGGGAUCAACCUAUCGAGCCAGGUGUAAUCCCACCUUUUAUCCGUCAUCUAUCAUUUGGAAACAGUUAUAACAAACAAUUGGACGUUGGAGUGUUGCCCGCGUCAUUGACCACACUCGCCUUUGGCUCAUCAUUCAAUCAAGAGCUGAUCUGUAACAGCCUCCCCCAAAGCCUGACCUCGUUGACAUUUGGAUACUUCUUCAACACUUCGAUCAAACCAGAUAUGCUGCCUGGAUCACUCCGAACGCUGGUACUUGGCUUCCACUACGCCUCCAAGAUUGAGCCUCACAGUCUGCCCAAGUCACUUACCCAUCUCAAGUUUGGCUCGCGAUUCAAUCAAUGCUUGGAGCCGUAUGUGCUGCCCCAUGGAUUGACAUCACUCGAGCUUGGACACAGCUACGACCGACCCAUUCAGCCUGGUGUCCUCCCUCCAACCAUUACCAAAGUAUCGUUUGGCUUCAAAUUCUGCCAAACUAUAUACCCAGACACAUUACCAUCAUCCAUGCGUGACAUAUCAUUCGGGUUCAACUUCAAUAGACAACUCGAACUUGGUGUGUUGCCAGCAUCCCUUCACUCCCUGAAUAUGGGCUCAUACAACCAUGAGCUCGCGCCAGGUAUACUGCCAGACUCUGUCACCAAGCUCAUCAUCGGCGCACCAUUCAAUCAUCUGAUCCCAAUCGGCAGCCUUCCGUCGUCCCUCAAAGAGCUCUACUUUGGGUUCGCAUUCAAUCAACCUUUGAGUCCUGGUGCCCUGCCAUCAUCCCUAUCAACCCUAAAGCUUGGAAACAAUUACAAUCAAUGGAUACCACCUGGUGCGCUACCAUCCAGCCUCACCGAUCUACGCUUUGGCAAUCAAUUCAAUCAACCAUUGUCCAUUGGUGUUCUCCCCGCAUCACUUGCCCGCUUGGAGGUAGGCCUGUUCUUCCAUCAGAAGGGCAGUGGUGCAGUUCUACCCGCAUCACUCAACACAAUAUCAAUGCACAACUUCAUGUUGCAACGUUGUUUGAUCGAGUCCGCCACGCCAUCAAGCAUCACAAACGUUAUAAUCAAUCAUAACAAAAAGACCAAGUUCAUACAGAAGGAAGGGUUCCUCGCCAGACUGGUACAAUCAUUCAUUGGACACAGACGACUAUCAAGUAGUGUUAGGAGCAUAUCAUUCAUAUUUGGUCACAUUCAAAUCGAUGCAAUCAAUGAGUAUAUACACUCGAUACAGAGUCAUAAUGACAACGGAUCAGGAAGAUUAGUCAGUCUACACUUCAAACUCAAGGGCAAGGACAAGAUGUCACGCGAGUUCAGUUCAAGAGUCCUCGGAGACAACGACUACCUCUACCUAAUCGAUGGCGAUGUAGUCCACUCACGGAAACUGAUCAACACCAUCACUGUCAGUGCGAUCCAGAGUUCAAUAUUCAUGAAGACUGUAGUCCAAACCAACUGA